AUGGGCUGCAGGGAAUCGAGCCCUGUCUCCGUGCUCAUUUACCUUGUCUGGAGGAUUUUGGCUCUGGAGGGCUGGUCUGCGCUGUCGUUUCAUCUGGAUAAUUUGCAUUCGAUCACCAAGUUGACCUCGUUGGAAGUACGGACGUUCAUUCCUGGAAAACACUGCUUCAUCCCUCUGGCUAUCGAGCUCUGUCGAUCCUAUGGCCUCCUCCCACUCGAUGAGUCCCAGGACCAAGAAGGAGCAGACGAUUUCAUUUUCUGCUCUCGCACCAACAGCAGCAAUUCAACCUUGGCGGACAUGGGAUUGGCACCUCCCACUGCUCACGAUCUUGUCCCCGACGUCCGAGUUUGCGUUCCUGUUCGAGCUCUGGAUGUUGGUGGGUUGUCCUUCCCUGCAAGAACUUAA